AUGACAUCUGCAGUAUUCAAGAAUAUCUUUAAAGCUCACUCAUCAGACAGUCUCGUUGACGUACAAAAUGAGCCUGUCAAUUCAAAUUUAGCUCGUGCCGGAACAGAAGUGAACUCGCCACCACUUCAUACCUUGAGUCUCGCAUCAAGAGUUUCCCUAACAGACCUACAAUCCUGCGGCAAUAACCCACCGCAACUUAUCAGCGGAAACCGACCGGUUGAUUCCAAAACUCACCAUCGACAGACUAGCAUAGUCCAUGGAUACCAACACUCCAGAAAUGGCUGUUUUGCAAGCACUUCAAGUAGCCCACUCAGUCCACAAAUAAUCGCGGCUGUCGGAGGUGAAAGAGGUGACAUGCACAAUACGGGGUCUUCAUGUGUUGCUUCUUCAGUCAAUGGCCUUGGAACUCCUCAACUCAGUAUAAUUACCUCAAACACUACUACUAUAUCAGACCAAUUGCCUAAUACACCAGAAAGUGGGACACAGAAAUUUAUCCAGGAAAAGUCGACAAGAAUCCGAAAUGGAUGGGGAAGUGGAGAUCACCGGCGGCAUCAGUCAUACUCUAGACAUCAAAAAGAUGAUCUCAAAACUGCAGGCGAGUAUGCUUUGCACGUAUUAUUUACACUUUUUAUUGCUCGGGCUGAAGAAAAAAUAACUCAGUGUGUUGCGGUUUCCCGUGAAAUUGAGCCUCGAAUAGAGCAAAUAUGUGGGCCUGGCUUAGAUACGAAAUUUGACCAGCUUAUCUCAGCCUUGAGUCAUGUCGCAAGUCGCAAGCCUAAACCUUUGAUCGAUUCCUUGAUGUUGUGGCGCAAAAACAAAAGCGAUGCCGCAAACGAAGCUAGGUCACUGCUACAACAGUUUCGUCAGAUGCCUCGUCGAAAUACAGAACCUUCUCAGUAUGCUUCCGAGGAGAGCAUGUUAACGAAUAGUCUACCAACUGUUUCAGCUCGCCAAGAGUUUGUCGCUCAAGCAGAGCGGCGAUCGUCGGCCUCAAUCUAUAUACUUUGUCGGGUUUUAAUUAACUUGAUAGGCGACAGUACCCUGGAGCAAAUCACACCUGAAAUGGAAGAAAAGCUGGAAUCAAUUAUAUUUGGCCAAAUAAAAGCUGCAGAUCCAGAUCAGCUGAUGAAUUCACCCCUCAGAUUAUCAAAUUGGUUGCUAUUCAGUCAGCUGAUGGGAGUCAUGGGAGAAAUCAGCUUUGAAAGCGUAUCUGAAAAGUUCACAACGUAUCUUGAAAAACUGCAAAGAGAUCUAGAAGUCAAAAAUUCGACAAAUCGUGAGCUCGAGGCCAAAAUCGAACUAAUUCUUGAAGGAAUGAAAUGCCUGCGGAUAAAGGUAGGCCCAGAUCAGGUAUCAGAACAGUCCUGCAAGCUUAUUAUUGCCAUGAGUCAAUUAUUUGUAAGGUGUCAUGGUCAGCGUCUCAAAUAUGCACACUGUCAAGCUAUUGAGACACUUCUUUUCCCGGUCGCUGCUCAGCCUAAUAUUGAUUUUAAUUCUCCUAAAUGGACAGAAGUUCUUGCAACUAUUGGAACGCGCCUCUCAUCCAUGCUAGUCAAACCACGACACUGGCCUAUAGCUUUUCCUCUAGCAACCACCAUUCUCUGUGUAUCUCCAGAAGAGAAUUUUAGUGCACAAUGGCUGCAGCUCAUUCUUUCACUGCAUCAGAAACUCAAGGAUCGUAGUUCAAGACCAACUUGCAUGCAGGCCAUUUCCCGGCUUCUAUGGACUUAUCUUUACCGAACUUCAGCCGAUCAACCAGCUACUGCCACCAAAAAGCUUGAAGAAAUAUUGAAGUUAAUUCUCCCGACUGGAAGAAAAACAUACUUGACAGCAGAUCCUUCAAGCUCUAACUCACUAAUACAAAUUAUCCGGAUUGUUGGGUACAAGCACUUAGAAUUUUGUCUGGGAACCAUAAUUUUCCCUCUAAUUAAUGCCGACUUAUUCGAGUCUGGCCGUGAACUUAAGAUUGAGCAGCUAGAACCCGAAAAAACAGUUAUAGCUAUUAGAGCUUUCCUUGUUAUUAUGUCCGAUUGGGAAAAGGGAGAAUUGGGAAAGCCUCCAUUUCCCAGAUAUCAACCAAUACUACCACCAAAUGACAAGCGUCCCACAUCGCCCUUAACGACAGCUCCUCUAAAUAUGGCACAUUCGAAUCUCGAUAUGAAAAGCGUAUGGGAGAGUUUGUCUCGACCUGUUGUUACCUCCAGUUUGACCGAAGUUGCGUUAGAGUUUUACUCCAAAUUUUGUAUGAUCUUGGGCAAGAUAAUAAUUUUAUGUGAUAAUGCAUUUGGAGGUCAAGCCAUUCUAGACGAAAAAUUUAACAGCCCAAUCCCCAAAACACCCCUCUCGGAAAGCUUCAAUUUUGCUCGUCGUGAAGAUCAUCAAAAUCCCUCUGAACAGAAACAAGGAUUUUAUGAACUGCUUCACGUUGCUGUUCAAGCUUUACCCCGAUUCAUCUCCUCUGAUAUACCAUUUAACACCCUGAUAAAUCUUCUUUGUACGGGAACAGCCCACAUUCAAAAUAAUAUUGCGGAAACCUCUGCCCAAUCCUUGAAGCUCAUAGCGAGACAGUCUCACGCACAGCAUGUAACUAUUGGCUUUGCACGCUUUAUCUUUAAUUUCGACGAUCGUUACUUUACAAUGUUAGAAGGUGGGUUACUUGGACAUGGCUACGUUGAAAGUACACUUAAGUUAUACAUUGAGCUCCUUCAAAUAUGGAUCGAAGAAAUUAAACAAAAAAGCCAAGAGGCUGCUGCAAAUUUAUCUGAAGAUAACGGUACUGACAGGCGUGGAAUUCAUCUCGAUCUAUCUGGAAUAUGGGCCUACGUUGAUGAAGUUGAGGCGCACGGACUAUUUUUUCUUUGUUCUCAAUCCAGAAAAGUCAGGGCAUUUUCCAUAACCGUCCUCCGUCUUAUAAAAGAGUUUGACAUUGCGUUGGGCAAAGAUAGUAGGAGAAUUAUUCAUAUACUUGAGGAAGAAUCAGUAAAAGUAAUGGACUUCAAGGAUGAGCACCUAUCCGUUGCGGAACGGAGCCGACUACAACGUGGAAUGCGAAAAGGAAACUUCGAAGAUGCACUUAUUGAACUAUGCAGUAGUGAAACUUCAUAUGACGCAACGUUGUGGCUCAAGAUAUUUCCGAAUCUAAUACGAAUCAGCUACGAUCGCUGCCCAUUUGCUGUUACAUUAGGUAGAGAGCUAAUCUGCAACCGUAUCUUGCAGAUGUAUAAGGGAAUUUUAGCAUUAUCAGAAGUAACCAAGGGGCCACCACACGGCUCAUUUGACCGCUUCGAAGCUGGAAGUGCUCGAAUUUAUUCGAGAUCUUCAACAACCCCACCCGAGGUCUUGAUUGAGCAGUGGAAAUUAUACCUAAUAGUUGCAUGCACUACCUUGUCCAACAAAGGGAAUCAGCUUCUUUCCCCACCGCCUCCAACUCAACAUCUUCGUAAAGGAUCAAAGCAAAGCCAACCCCAGGAGAAAAUAACCUCUGCAAGAGUCUUAUUCAAGUAUAUCAUACCGCUUCUAUCAGUUAGUCCGACUUCAAUCAGAGACUGCGUAGUCGUAUCUUUAGGAUCGAUAAAUGUAAAUCUUUAUAAAACCUUGUUAGAAGAGCUUCAGGGAGUCGUCACUCGGUGCAGCGAUGAUGCCAGGGCUCGAAUACAUCAGAGAUCAGCGAGUAGCCCUAAGAGGAACCGAAAAACAGAUCUUCUGCGGACUGAGGUUACUCAUGUGUACCAACUUACUUCGCACCUAUUGAAAUGCCCAGACGUGAAUCAAGAUGAUUGGAUACUAAAUAACCUUGUCCAAUAUACGAAAGAAUUAAAACUAUUUCUGAUGGAUGCAGAUGUGCAGAUGGACUGGGAAUUUCAAAAGCUUCGGCGGCAUUAUUGUGGAUUGAUGGAGGAGCUUUUUGAGGGUAUUAAUCACACCAAAUAUCCAUCAAGAUGGAUGUCUUUUGAAUCAAGAAAGUCGUCCUUCGCCCUGAUGGAAGAUUGGUGUGGUUUCUCCCCCAAUCAAAGUAAGAUCCGCCAGCGGGAAGAUAACAUGAGACAAUGCAUUGUUGACCAGCAGACUAUCGGCGAGCGAGGUACCGUAACAGCUGCUAUGGAGAUUGAAAGAAGAAAUCUUCGUACAGCUGCUCUCAGCGCAAUGGCCGCUCUAUGUAGUGGACCUCUAAGUUUCACGACAGAAAGCUGUGCAAAUUUACAAUUCGAUAUUAGGCGCAUGCUCAGCUGGAUUGAUACAAUUUUAGGUGCAGGAAGCAAUAGGAUGCACGUUAUUGGCAGAAGAGCACUCAAAAACUUGAUCAUUCAUAAUAAAGAAUUUCCAUAUCUUCUCGAACACUCGAUAACAAGAUGCUACGUAUCAGAGCAUCCAAAAGUUUUAGAAAGUUAUUUUGAAGUAAUUACACAAGUUUUGCUUGAGUAUCCUGAUUAUCCAGUCCCCUUUUGGAGACUCUUGGGUGUAGGUUUAUUUGCACUCGGUAGCGAGUUAAGCGAAACUCGAUCGAGAUCAGCACACCUCUUACGAUGCCUUGACGAGAGGCAGCAGCAGAGUUCUAAAAUCCAAAAUUAUGAUAUCAGCAUUUCAGAUAAAACUAAAGCAGUAUAUAAACCCGCUCAAUUUGAGAUAUCUAGAAGACUUUCCUGCCAAUAUCCCGAUUUGGCUUUUUUUAUAUUCUCAGAGUUCACAUCCUACUUCAAGGAUCUUGAGCAGGCUUCUCAACGAAAUAUACUGAUUGUUUCACUUCCUUGGUCGCAGGCCGUAGAACUUCAAAUUGAUCCUAAUGGAGGACCCACCGCUCAGUCUUAUGCUCUAAUGUCAAAUAUGUGCGAAAUUACUAUCAAAUCAGGUGGUAUUCUUCACAAUGAAAUACAAGCACUCUGGCAGGCACUAGCUACUGGGCCACACGAAGCAAACAUUCGGAUAAUCCUCAGAUUUAUUGUAUAUUUGUGUAUGGAUCGUCAUGAACAGAACUUCGUCGAAUAUGCGAAGCAGAUUGUCGUUUUUCUAUCAAAUACAUCUGCGGGCGAAAAGGUCAUCGAGUUUUUACUAAUGCAGAUUACCCCAAAAUCUAUGGUUCCGAGUGAAAAAUGCGAUCUGAUGCCCCCGCCACCCAAUGCGCUUAAGUUUCCCUACGUCGCAGACCUCAGUGAGAUUUUGCCUGUUAGCUCCAAGUCUACUUGGUUCUCGAUGGGGCAAUUGUCUUUAAUUCUGCUGGUUGACUUAAUGGUGUCUUCUGUGCAGCUUGUUCCAGACAAGAUGCCCUUAUUGCUUCAGGUGGUUACUUCCUUGUGGGAUCAUUACAUCCCAAUCGUACAAGAGCAGGCUCGUGAAAUGCUCAUUCAUCUCAUACACGAAUUUGUUAUUUCGAAAAUUGACGAUGAUAGAUCUGUUUCUACAAAGAUUUCAGCAGAAAAUCUCGUCGAAUCCAUAAGGACCCACAACAUAAGUGUAGUUUGGCUUUACGAAGAUCAUACGGGAAAACUAGACGAGCCAGAAAAUAAGAUUCCCCGCGGUAUGGAAGGGCUUACGAAAGAGAUUAUCAAGACUUUCGAAACUACACAUCAUGGCAUACAAGAAAAAUGGGCAAAGUUAUCUCUAACAUGGGCUACAUCCUGUCCAGUGAGACAUAUAGCAUGCCGUUCUUUUCAGAUAUUUCGAUGCAUUCUCACGUCACUUGAUCAAUCUAUGCUAGCUGACAUGCUAGCAAGGCUCUCGAACACUAUUGCUGAUGAAGAAACUGAUGUUCAGAUAUUUUCAAUGGAGAUUUUGGCAACCCUGCGGUCCCUAAUCUAUCAGCUAGAAGCUGGAGACCUGCUUCGAUUUCCACAACUCUUCUGGACAGUUUGCGCAUGCUUAGACACAGUGAAUGAAAGGGAAUUUCUCGAGGCACUUUACAUGCUCGAAGAGUUAUUGAGUAAACUAGAUUUUAACGACAGUAACAUAAGGUCUAUUUUGAUCGAAGGACGACCUGCAAAGUGGGAAGGAGCUUUUGACGGUUUACACAUGCUUAUUAUUAAAGGACUACGCUCAUCGGAGUGCCUGGACUUGAGCCUAAGAAUGAUUAAUAGCCUUGUGCUACUUCCUAAUGAUGAUUUAAUUGGCGACGAUAGCCGAUUACUAUUCACCCUUCUCGCCAAUUUUCCUAGAUUUCUUCAUACAUUGGAUAUAAGCGCACUGAACGAAGAGGUUGUUCAAGUUGCCUGCUGUCUCGCUGAAAUCGCAGAGUCUCAAGGGUAUCUUAGGAUUUCUCAAGUUUUAAUAGAUUUUGCCGCGUCAAAGUAUCAUCUAAGCCGAGAUUUCCUUACUCAACUACUUUCAGCGAUGACAGAAACCUUUUUACCGCGGUGGGACCUCGGGUGCCUCACUUUUAUUAUGGGUCUUCUACCAAACAGAAUAGCAUGGUUCAAACUAAAAACUAUAGAAAUUUUGCAUGCAUUUCUUCUUGAAAUUGACGUGAGCAAGCCAGAGAUAGCAUUUCACGGUCCCGACCUAAUUUCACCUCUCCUUCAUCUCUUACAGACAGAAUUCUGUAUGCAUGCUCUAGAAGUAUUGGAUCAAGUAAAAGUUAUUGCAGGCACCCCUUUGGAAAAACAACACUUGCGCAUGAGUAUGGCAAGUGCGUCCUCAAAGGCUAUCCGAAAAGAAUUUGCACGAACACCAAGCUUAUUUGGUAUUCCAAAAGAAUCUGGAUGGUCUGUGCCCGUUCCAGCCAGAUAUGCUGAGGUGACUAGAGCAAACAUCCACAUAAUCUUCUACUCUUGUCAGAGCACAGAAAACCUAAGUCUGGGUAUCGAAAAAACCAGUGACGUUGAAUUCCAUGUAGAUGAUUUCCAAUAUGGGUACUUUCAGGCCCCAGAAAGAGCGGAGACUAUGAUGUCUGAUGACCGGGGAGACGGUAAUAUCGGUGAUUUAGUCUCUAAGUUAGAUAGCUUGGACGAUUUCUUUGAAGAUAGUCUGCAAAGUCCUACAUCUGAGUACCGAUUUCCAAAAAAGAAUACCGAGCCAGGGUUUGUGGGAGAGAGCUUUGACUCUAGCUCUAGUCUAUACGAUGACCAAACGCUCACAACUCUACAUCCAUCUCAAAGUAACGCAUCUAGUAGUGCAUCUUUUCAAAGUGGCCCAACGGAUAUAAGAUCUUCUCAGUCAAAUACAAUGAAUCCAGCAGCAUUUUCUAUUGUAUCUCCUAAUCGGCGAAGCUUACAUUUACGCUCUGCAACUUCACCAUCAGCUCCAGCUAUAUCAAAGAGUACGAACGCCAUGUACAUAUCAGAUGAUGAUUAUAACGAAGUUUUUUCUGACCCUGAGGAUGAGCGUAUCACUAUGCCGAGUGAAGGAUCAUUUUUCUUGGAAAAUAUAAUCAAGCCAUUCCCAUAUGGUAUCAGGACGGGUAUGCGACGCUUGACGGGUGGUAGGUCUCGCGAUAAUGAUCGCACGCGGGAUAAUUUGCGAAAUGAGAGAAAAGCGAUGUUACUGCCACCUAAAUCUCCAAAAAUGCCCAAGCUACCUAGCACAUAUUUUCCAAAAAGCAUGAAUCAAGCCCUAUAA